AUGGAAAAACCUCCUGCUUAUUGGAUCGCCAAAUUUCAAAACAAAAGCUCUACUAGUCGCUGCCUAAUUCAUUUGCUAGGACAAAACGUUACCCGUGAAAUCAUUUCAUACUUGACUCUCGAAGAAUUCAUCAACUUUACAAUGACUUGCAAGAAGUUAUGAAGGUUUGCCCAAGACCCAUGUGUUCGUAUUAACGGAUCAAACCCUGGAAGCUCUGCUUUAAAAUAUGUUCUAUAUCAAGACGAAACUAUAGGAGGUCAAAACUUUUCUGAAAUUAUGAUAAAACGAAAUUAUUCUAUCCAUAACUCCCCAAAAAUUGGACUUCAAUGAACUAAUACUCCACAAAAGAUUUUCCACUUUGUAAAUAUCAAAGGUGAAAACUAUUUUAUUGCUUUUAAAGAUACUUUUAUCAACGUUUAUGAAAUUCCAACAUUUAAGAAUGAACUUAUAAAGAGGGAGUCAUGGUUUUGUAAGCACGAAAUCAUUGAUGCUGCUGGAUUUAAGAAUAAAAUAGUUGUUUCAUAUGAAGGAGGGCUAGGAUUAUUUGUGUAUGGAAGAUGUGAAGAUUUAGAAUAUUUCGAAGAUAUAAAUUGCUCAAAAUUGGCAGUGGAAAUUGCUCCACGCCAUAGAUUGACUGAUUUGAAGUGGUUUGAAAAUGGGCAUCUGAUAAUUGCUAAGUCUCGAAGGGCAAUACAGCUAUAUCGAAGUGAUCUGGAGUUAAUUCAUGAAAUUUCAGUUGAAGAAAAAAUGCUUGAAUAUCAUGUGCCUAGUAUAAAGACCAAUGAUUUUGUUGUUUAUUAUGAUAACGUGAUUAAAGCUUACAAGUCAGCACUUCAAACUCAUGUAAAAAUAUCUUACAAAGAGAUAAUUAAGGUAGUAUCCUCAACUCAGUAUAAAGUAUUUGAUCGCGUUGAGCAUGCCUUAAUAGUACAAUCCAAUAGCAAUCAUCUCUAUAAAAACCAUGAAGCUCUUCCAGUCUUCGCUAGAAGUUUUAAAGUCGAUCGAGAAUUUUUAUUAUUCAUUGAUGAAACAUCACAUCUGACUAUAUAUGAUAUGAGAAAUAUGUGCUUUUUGCAAGAUGUAAUAGAAAUGAGAAAUUCUCUAAAUUGGGCAUUAUUGACUUAUAUUUCAUUUUAUAAGAGUAUUUAUCUCACGAAGAAUGAUAAAUAUGAAAUAAAUGUUUACCAUUACAAAGAAGCUGCUCCAUUGAUUUUCAAAACUCCAUUCAAUAAGAUAGUUAAUCAGUUCUAUAUUCAUCCAUUUUUAUGCCUUUCAGGUACAAGAUAUGGGCAUUUCGGAAUAAUGAUUUUAAACCUUUAUUCAUAUAUCCAUCACGAGGUCUAUGAGGAUAUUUUCAACUAUGAACUUCCACCAAAAAGAAAUAAAAAUGUAAAAAUACCUUUAAAAAAGCAAGAUGAAGAUAAUGAAGAAAAGAAAGAAGAAAGAGUAGAGUAUCGCAGAGGAAAUUUAAUUAGAUAUAAAGAAAAGGAAAAAGAAGAAGGCACAGCAAAAGCAAAAAACGAUAAGAAAGAGAAAAAAGAUAAGCAUAAAAAGCAUCAUUAA